AAAAAGAUGUUACUCAAAGACCUUAAUUUUGUACUUGAUCAACUCAGAAUUUGGGUUCACAGUGAUGAAGCUAAGAAUGCAUUUGAAAAAACAUUUAUAUUAUUAGAGCUCAAAACUCUUAUUCAAGCUUUUCAAGCAAAGCUUUUAAAAAUAAAAGGAAAAAAAAUUGUUUAUGUAGAUUUUUUAUUUACUUAUUUGCUAAAUGGUUCAGAGUUUAGUGAAGAAACUAAGAAAAAAGAUCAAAUUUUUGGUUAG